AUGGGUAGGCUCAAUCCUAUAUUUUUUUGGUCGCUUUGCCUUAGUUUGUGCCUCUUUCUCUGUCCCACAUCGGCGCAGCUAAAAACAAACUUCUAUGCCAACGUCUGUCCCAAUGUCGAAAACAUUGUAAAAAAUGUCGUCACUCAGAAAUUUCAACAAACAUUUGUUACAGUCCCAGCAACCAUCCGUCUCUUUUUUCAUGAUUGCUUUGUCCAGGGUUGUGAUGCUUCGGUUUUAGUUGCUUCCACUGGAAACAACAAAGCAGAGAAGGAUCAUCCAGAUAAUCUGUCAUUAGCCGGAGAUGGUUUUGAUACAGUGAUCAAAGCCAAAGCAGCAGUUGAUGCAGUUCCUCAGUGCAAAAACAAAGUCUCUUGUGCUGAUAUUCUUGCCUUGGCCACCAGAGAUGUCAUUGUUCUGUCUGGUGGACCUUCGUAUGCUGUUGAGUUGGGGAGAUUGGACGGGCUAAGUUCAAGUUCUAAAAAUGUAGAUGGGAAGCUCCCCCAGCCAACCUUCAAUUUGAACCAGCUCAAUUCCAUGUUUGCUGCCCAUGGGUUGUCCCAGGCUGACAUGGUCGCUCUUUCAGCGGCGCACACCGUUGGAUUCUCUCAUUGCAACAGGUUUUCCAAUCGGAUUUACAGCUUCAGCCCAGGGAACCCAGUGGACCCCAGUCUGGACAAAACGUAUGCAACUCAACUCCAACAGAUGUGUCCAAAAAAUGUGGACCCCGACAUAGCCAUCAACAUGGACCCAAACACGCCCAGAACCUUUGACAAUGUCUAUUUCAAGAAUCUUGAGCUUGGGCAAGGCCUUUUUACCUCAGACCAGGUCCUUUUCACGGACGCAAGGUCUCAGCCCACGGUAAAAACCUGGGCCAAAGACAAAGCUGCUUUUCAACAGGCUUUUAUUACCGCGAUGACCAAGCUGGGCCGGGUCGGAGUCAAGACCGGCAAUAACGGAAAUAUUCGUAGCGAUUGUAGUGUUCUUAACUAA